CGACACGCCCAGUCGUAGCGUUGGACGGUGACGUUUGCAAAUCUUAUGUUUGUGCUUUGUGGCUAUUAGGUGGGGGCGUCAUUCUCUAAAACAACAAAAUAUAAAGCAAAUUCCGAUGAAUUGUCGAUGUAAGGAUAUUAAAAGGACAAGUUGUGUUUUGGAUUUACGCUGACUGGCUUCAAACAUGCUUUCUGAAGGCCUGUUUUGAGAGGAAAUCCCCGGACUGAACUGUGACUCCAGGCCGGUGUGAGAGGACAUGCCACGGGAGAGAAAGCUGCUUAUGUUUCUCCUUUCUUCGCUUGUUUUACCCGUCAAACAACCAGCAAGUGCCUGAACAAAAAUCAAAAGAGUUUUACAACAUAUGGGACUGUCAAACAAACAUGGAAAAAUGUGUUUAAAGAGAUCGAGCGGAUGAGGUUUAUGGAGUAUUAGCAGUCGGCAGUAGGUGCUCAUAAGCAGGUAACAGUUAAUAGAGCAGUUCAAGUUAAAAGUAACACGUAAGUUAUGAUUUGUAUCUUCAAAACUAAACAACACAGGACAACUUGACCAGGCAGUUCAGCAUAAUAAUGUUUCGUCAGUAACGUUCAGAAGACAACUACUUGUUAAACAACCAGUUAAAAUCAUUAAUAAAAAUAAUUUAAAGUAUUGACUAUGUAAGAUCUAAUUGUAUGUAUUUGAUACAUCUGGGGUAUCUGUUUACUAGAAAAAUACUAUAAAUUCAUUGUUUUUUGAAAGAAGUCUAGUUAUUUCACAAGUGUUGAAAUCGCCUUGAGGUAACGUUGUGUAAUUCACAAUCUUGAUCAAAGAUACCAUACAAUUUUGCUGAGUUUGCUCAUCAUGUCAUACAGACUGCAUUGAAGAAGUUAUUCAACUGUUGCUCAUUCAUGCCAGGAUUUUAUCCCAUUGUUGUGGACCUGACAGUUUCUUAGGCUCGCCACUUCUAAAGCAUUCGCAAAACCAUCACAAUGAACCGGUACCUGCCCGUGGCACGGCAGCACUUCCUGAGUGCGCUUGCCAGCACAAGCGUGGUGGUGAAGUCCAUCUGUGCCACAGUGAUUCUCCUAUACCUACUCUCCUGGGCUGUUGACACCUCUUAUGUUCUUGGCAUCACACCUGGCUACCUUUUCCCACCAAAUUUCUGGAUUUGGACACUUCUGACCCAUGCAGUGGUGGAGCAGAACAUUUUUGGCAUGGCCGUGAACAUUGCUACUGUUAUGGUUGCCGGACGUCUGUUGGAGCCGCUGUGGGGAGCCCUGGAGCUGCUUAUCUUCUUCGCUGUAGUAAACAUAGCAGCCGGUCUCCUUUCUGGACUCUCUUACCUUUUCACUUAUGCGGCAACCUUUGACCUGGACUUCCUGUUUGCCGUGCGAGUACACGGUGCAUGUUCGUUUCUCGGAGGUGUUCUUGUAGCACUAAAGCAGACAGCAGGUGAUACCACAGUGCUCAGAGUGCCACAGAUACGCUUAAAAGCUGCACCAGCGCUAGCUCUGCUGGCAAUAGCCAUCCUGCGGCUGGCAGGUCUGCUGGACACUACAGCACCCCUAGCAGCAUGCGGCUACGGCGCUCUGUCUGGGUGGGUUUACCUGCGCUUCUACCAGAGGCAUUCAAGGGGGCGCGGGGACAUGUCCGACCACUUUGCCUUUGCUUCCUUCUUCCCCGAGGCUCUUCAGCCAGCUGUAGGGUUUGUAGCUGGGCUGGUCCAUGCUGCUUUGGUGAAGAUAAAAGUUUGUCGGAAGAUGGUGAAGCGUUAUGAUGUUGGGGCUCCAUCCUCUAUUACCAUCAGCCUGCCUGGUACAGACCCACAAGACGCAGAAAGGAGAAGGCAGUUGGCAUUGAAAGCGCUUAAUGAGCGUCUGAAGCGGGUGGAAGACCAGUCGGCUUGGCCAAGCAUGGAAGACGAAGAGGAUGACGAAGACGAGGAAGUGCGGACAGACACCUUUCCUCUCCUUUCAAGCCGCGAGACUUUGCCACCAGCACCGAGCACCACUCAAAAUCCAACAGGACAGCAGGAAUCCAGCAUUAUAAGUUUUGAAGAUGCUCCGACUCAUUCCUAACACGUACACACGAUGCACCUUUGUCCUGCAGAGUUAAAUUUACAAUCACAAAUGGUACUGGAGAUGCACAUUGUCCCGUUGUUGUAUUGCAUACACAAACAAGAGGAGUAGUAACACCGUAAUAAACUUUAAUAUAUUUUACAAAGACCUUCACUCCACAGUUUUACAGCUGAUAAAUAGCAUCUGCAGAGCUCCAGUACAAUUGCUUUGUAAAACAACAUAUUUCCCUAUGACCUCUUGUGUAAGGUUUCCGGGAUGUGUCUUUUCUGAAUAAGUGGUUGAUGGGAUUAAAAAUCUACAAAAUGUUUGUGGCUACACUGUUGCCUCCUUGAUUUUUGUUUUGGUAUUAUUAUUUUAUUUUUUUGCCUUGCAUCAGGAUGUUGAAGGUGGAAUUAACAGCACCCUUUUGCUGAUUGCUGAUAUAAUGGCUUUAUAAGAACAUUUGGAAAAUCAAGGGUUGGAUUGCCAAAGGUGAAGAAUGUUUAUGCAAAUUUGGGACCUUUUAAAGAACACUCAAUCAAAUGUCUUGUAACCGAUCAGAAUAUAGCCCAGUGAUUCCUGUUUUUAGUAAAAUAUGAAUUUAUAUGUGGGGUCAUAGAGAGGAGAGAGUCGAAUACAGUCAUUUCAUGUCAUAGAUAUUUUUGUUCAGAAUAGUUUGAAAUGAAAAUAGCAAUACAGAAUGUGAUUCUGUUUCCUGUUCUUUUCCUCAGAUGUACUUUAAUGACUUGUCUGUAAGUGUUGGCUUUAAUAAGAGUAUUGCACUCUAAAUUAUGAGCUUGCAUAAUGGACCUGUUUUUAUAAAACACGUAUUGUCUUCA